AUGGUCGUAGAGAUCUCUCCUGGUUCGGAAGGCCCAAAAACGCCGCCUUUUGCAGCAGAAACUGCUCGACGGGUAUACGUUCGGGAAACCAUAGCUGCUUGUGCACUAUUUGAAAACGGUCAAGGUACGAAGAGAGUUUACGAAAGAGAAAUUAUUAUUGGAUCCUUUCUAAAGUCUACCAAAUUCAUCCACCCUUUCUCUAUUCUCUCUCUGUCUCCCAAAUUAAGCCAUGCCUUUUUCACUUUAUUACGUUGUUCCGCGGCAUUUCCCAACAGAUGCAAGUCUGAGGAGUGGAGGGACAUGGUUCAUAAUGAGUAUUGGCAAAUUCUAGGGAACAAAGUCCGUAAAUUUCGCUCUGUGAAUAUAAUCGAUGGGAUUCGAUUAAAUAAUCAGACAUUCAAGGCUCAUCGAGUUCAUGUUGAUUACCUUCCACCCUUGGCGUUGAAUAUAUAUGAACCUAUUUAA